AUGCCAUGGAUUUUGGACCAGGACACGUCAACGACUCGCAAUAGAGAUUGUCUCAAGCUCACCUACAACGCUAGGACAGUCUCCACCAAUGCCGAUCUUCACGCCCUUCUCGAAGCUACAGGGCGCAUCGACUACCACGUAAUCGCCUUGCAGGAAGCAAAGUCCAGGAAGACGGACGCGAGGUCAGCUCUGAUUCUCUCCAUCAUGAUUCAUCUCAUCUUUGGUCUUCCCGUGGUCUUUUUUCCAGGGGCCCUCAAAGAUAUGGCAUUCUUGUGA